GUACCGUCCCAGUUCGCAGUCUCGCGCGCGCCAUUUAGCUCGUCCUGCUCCUUCGAAGUUGUUCUCCGCCCGCCCGCCCGCCCGACUGGCUGCGCUGCGAAUGGACAGUCGGAACCUCGCGAGGCAGCUUCCGAACUUGGGCUCGCUCGGGGUCUUCGCGCUGCUGCUUCUGCCCACUUCGCUCCACCUUUGCCAGGGCAGCGCCGCGAGCUUCUCGUGCCAGAGGGCCGACGAUAGCGGCCAUCGGACCGCCGGGUGCCCCGUGAGGAUCGGCAGCCAUCAGUCAGUCAACGGCAGAUGUGUCACGGUCGCUGUUCGGAUCAAAGACGAAGACUUGAGUCAGGCCCCGACUAUCGAAAUCACUUCGGUGAGGAAGGAGAUCGUCCGGCCCGUCAUAAAAUACAAGACAACAAAGAACAAGUGGCACGCCAACAAGAAUCGAGGGGAAAUCCGCGUGUGGUGUCACGAGAGCGCCCGGCUGCGCCACCCGCGCGGCAGCGACGCUUCCGCCUCGUGGGAGCUGACUUGCGACUGCGUGGCGGCCGAGGUGCGCCUCCCGGUCACCGUGUCCUACAGCGCCGCGUCACUACGCUGCAGCGUCACUUACGACGUACCAGAUCCCGUGCCCAAAUUCUCUUGGACCGUCAAUCUCCCGUCCAAAUCCGUCGCCGUGACUCUGGAAUCCGAGAACAAAGUCAACGCGAGGUGGUGCUACAGGCAGAGCGCGCACUACUGCGUCCAAGAGUCGCCGCAUUCCAACGUCACCACCAUUGAUCCGGCUCAGUCCCGCUCGGCUCGUCUCAGCAUCCCGUACCUGCUUCCGUGUGUCUGCGUACAAGUGUACUACACCCACACUGACACCCUCCGAAAAACCGUUUGCCCCUUCCAAGAUGUCCCCCUGCAAGACCCGGGAGAUGUGUGGCUCUCCUCCGAGGUCACUUUGUACGAGUCCAGUUUGGCGUGGAGCUCCGAGUGUCCCGUCCGGGGGCUCCCGAUCUUCGCCUCCCUCUGCUGGAGGGACCGCGGACACGUCUGCACGCCGCUGCCGAACUCCACCCUGGAGGCCCACGAAGAAGGGGCGACCCUGAUUUACAACACCUCCGCUGUAGACAAACACCCUCAGAUGUGCGUGAAGUUUUCCCUGCAAGGCAGCCACAACAUCUCUUGCCCCUUCCAGGCCGAUAUGUCGUCGUGGGAUGCGUAUCUGGAGUCAGCCCCGCACGUCCUGCUGGUGUACCUCAACUCUUCCGUCCCGGCCACGUUCUCGGCCCAGCUGUGUGUCCCGACCGACGGUGAAUGUGCAUCCAGGGGGCCCGUCCGGUCCGUCACGGCGGAAGCAGCGUCGGCGAGCAAAAUAAGCGUGCCCCUCGACUCCAUUACCGAGAAACCGUGUGUCCAGGUGUGGCAGUCGCAUCCUGCUCUUAAUGGCCGAAGAAUUCUUUGUCCACGCUACGCUCGCAACAGAUGGCGUUUGCAAGCGGUGGCGGCUUUGGUUCUUCUCACCAUGUUUGCAUUUUUGGCCAUUUUUCUCCACUCUCUCACCAAAAAUGCAGCAGCAGAUUGGCUGUACAUCCGGAAGCCGGUGUUGCUGGUGUGCUCGUCGGACCAGCCGUCACACAUUUCUGCCACGUGCGCCCUGGCCUCUCUGCUCCGGGGCGAGCUACGCGCCACGGUCCACGUGGCCCUGUGCGCGCCGAGCUCCCAGAAGCAGGCGGGCGUCGGGACCGGCGUGGCCCACCUGGGCCCGCUUCCCUGGUUGUACGGCCAGUGGGAGGCCGUGCGGAAGGCGCGAGGGAAAGUGUUGAUCGUCUGGAGUCCCGACGCCAACAGGACUUACGGGAAGUGGAGGCGGCGGACGCGUGGCGGCAAAGACGAGCCUGAAGACGAUUCCAAACGCGACGCUGGAUGCUGGGGAAAGCUGAAGAAAGAUGUUGCGAGAACAUAUGAGGACAACAAUCCGGUGAUGCACAACAAGUCUUCUGCCGUCAUAGAGCCCGUGUUCGUAGCUGCUCUGGCCUGCCUGGAGGGGGCGCUGCUUGAGGAUAAAGGCGGAGGAGUCGCCUUUGUCUACUUCCAGGGUCUCGGCCACAGCAGGGACAUCCCUAAAGCCUUACGGGACGUCCCUCGCUACUGCGUUCCUCAGGACUUCGGGGGCCUCAUCCAGGAGCUUGGCGGCCUGAGGAGAACGAAAAAGACAUUUUGGUGCCACUGUUGGCCCAGACUUGUUUCAAAGGGGGUGUCCAUGUGGCUGGGGCGGCAGUUGGCCCAAAGAUUGCAGGCGCUGCUGCCUCCUGUGCGAAGGAAAAAAGCCCGAAGGUGAUAGGUCACCAUUGUCUGAAAAAUCCAGUUGGCUAACAUGCAAAGGUUUGUCUUUUGUAAUGACAAUACCAGGAAAGCUAGAGCACGAGGCUGUCGCUCAAUGGACCUGCGGAGCAGCAACUGUGGAUCCGGAUGUCUUUUUGUGGAUCUUGGUGCGAUUCCCGAGGCCCCGGAGCCUCAACCUUUCAUUCCAGCCUGAUUUGAAGAACUGACUGAAGAAGCAAAACAAUGAAAAUGACACUGUAAUACCGUAACUGGCCGAUUUGAAUCUGUUUCCAAUCCUGGGGUGUUGUUGCUAUCCAGUCAAAACCACUUACGUAUGUCUUCAGGUCAAGGACUCACUUUUCUCACUUCAGAGUGAAACUGCACCCUUUUGAGGACAAAAAUGUUUGGAUAGAAAAGAAAGAUGGUGGUGAGGAAUGAUCCAACUUUGUUCCCCCCUCCCUGGUGGAUGCCUGUGCUUAUGGUGAUUAUUAAUCACAGUAAAAUUCCCUUUAGAAGGAAAGGACUUGGUUUUUUCUAAGCAUCCACACUGACUGGUGGAUCCUGGGGUGGCUGGACUUGGGAGUUCUCGAUAAAUUGAGACUGAAAAGACUUGAAUCAAAGAGAAUAGACAGAGGCAUGUCUCCAAAUGAUGACCUUUUUUUCCCUUCUUCUGUUUGUUGACUUUAAGAAAAAAAAAAAAAAUGCAUGUGGGGUGCCGUCUCCGGGUCGGGGAUGAGAUCCGGCCCCAAUUGGAGGAGUUCAAGUAUCUUGGGGUCUUGUUCACGAUUGAGGGAAAAACAGAGCGUGAGAUCGACAGACGGAUCGGUGCAGCGUCUGCAGUGAUGCGGACUUUGGAUGGGUCCGUUGUGGUUAAGAGGGACGUCUCGAUUUACCAGUCGACCGACGUUCCUACCCUCAACCAUGGGCACGAGAUGUGGGUCGUGACCGAAAGAACAAGAUCCCGGACACAAGCGGCCGAAGUGAGUUUCCUCGGCAGGGUUUCCAGGCUCUCCCUGAGAGAAUGGGUGAGAAGCUCGGUCAUCCGGGAGGGGCUCGGUGUUGAGCCAUCGAAUGAACUUUGUUUCUUUGAGCACAAGAACUGUUGCAAACGUUUUGUGUAUUAUGGUAAAUUGAGUCUUCUAACCCUUUUGGGGAAUAGCUGGUAGUGCUACCCUAACCAGAAUAAAUUUGUCGUCGUUUUCAGUUCAGGUCACCCGCGUUCGGCCACCUCGAAUUAUCCAUCGAAUGAACUUUGUUUCUUUGAGCACAAGAACUGUCGUAAAAGUCUCAAAUACUUCGCAUCAUUUUAGCAGGACACCUAUUGAAAAUGUCCACAUAUUAAAUAAAAGUGCUGUGUUUUUU